CACAAAAAUAAAAUUAUCUCCUACUCUCUCAUUCCCACUUAACAUUUCUUUUUCUCCAUAAAUUCUUGUCAGAACAAAUAAAGAAACCUUACAUUCAAAAAAGAAAAUAUAAACCUCUUAAAUAACAUAAUUAGCAAGCUGUCUAGCUCCAUGUUUCAAAGAAGUACUAUAAACAUCUUGUUUUUUUUUUUUUUCACCCUUCCAACUACAUCCGGAUCGAGACCAAGUUCGGGGUGGUUAGGUUUCAUUCCUCUUCCAAGGAUAUUGCGAGAUUCGAACACCGGUCCGUCCAACCAAAUCCAUCACCACUGGGCCAACACUAUAAACAUCUUGUGAUUAAACCCUAAAUUUAAUUAAUCUUAUAUAUCACCCUACUAAGUAAUUAGCAGCUUGUGAUCUGUUUAACAAUAAUUCCAAUAUAAAUAAGCUUAACCCCAAAGUCUCUCAAACCUCCAUAUUCUCCGCAUUUUUUCAGAAAGAGAGAGAGAAAAACCAAACACAAAAAAACACACAAAAUAAUGGAGAUGAAUGAAGAUGGUUUUUUAGAAGAGUUGUUAGCUCUAAGAAGAGAAGCAUGGGAAAGUACUAUUAACCCAUCAUCAAAUGAUCAUCAAAUCAAUGGCUUCUUUUCAACUACUACUUGGGCAUUUGAUGGCCUUGAUUCAACCUUACCCAACACCUCCACCACAUCCUAUGAUUCCUUCUCUUCCUCCAUUGAUCAACCACCACCAAUAACCUCCACUUUAGACUGCUCCUCCUUCUUCAUCCACCCGUCGUCGUCAUCGGGCCCGUUCUCUCCUCAUGAACCCACCUUCCCUGGCCCGGGUCCAGGCCCGGACCUAGGCUAUUCGAUGUCCAUGAUGGACGCCGACGACGACGAUAAUAAUAACAAUAACAAUAACAACAACGACGACAAUAUUAUUAGUAAUAAUAAUAAUAAUAUGGUGUCAUGCAAAGCUGAGCAUUCUCUCUCCUCCGGUGAGAUUCCAUCGCCUACGCAGCUGCAGCCGGGUUUCAACAUUGGGUUGUGCAUGGAGAAGAGUAAGAGUAAGGUUAAGAGGGUUGAAGGACAACCCUCUAAAAAUCUUAUGGCUGAAAGAAGGAGAAGAAAGAGAUUAAAUGACCGACUUUCCAUGCUUAGAUCCGUUGUUCCUAAAAUUAGUAAGAUGGAUAGGACAUCUAUACUAGGUGAUACAAUUGAUUACAUGAAGGAGUUAUUAGAGAGGAUUAACAAGUUGCAAGAAGAGGUUGAUUUGGGUUCUAAUCAGUUGAAUCUUAUGAGCAUUUUCAAGGAUAUGAAGCCAAAUGAUGUACUUGUUAGGAACUCACCCAAGUUUGAUGUGGAAAGGAGGAACGUGGACACCAAAGUUGAGAUUUGUUGUGCGGGAAAACCUGGACUCUUACUAUCAACUGUAACGACACUUGAAGCAAUGGGUCUUGAAAUACAACAAUGUGUAAUAAGUUGUUUUAACGAUUUCUCUCUACAAGCUUCGUGUGAUGAGGAGAUGGAACAAAAAUCGCUGAUAAACUCUGAAGAUAUCAAGCAAGCGUUGUUUAGAAAUGCAGGGUAUGGAGGAAGGUGCUUGUAAGAAAUGAAGAAAAUGUCAACUAAUAUUCAUCUCUGCCAGUUUAUUUAUUUAAAUUUAGUUUAAAGAACUUUGUAAUUGAUGGAAAAAAAAUCUAGUGAUAUUGCUCUUUUAAUUUUUUUUCCUGCUUUGGGAGCAAGAUUGAUUUUUUUUUUUUAGAUUCUUAAUAUAACAAAGAUGUUAUUAUAUGUAUGAUGUAUCAUAUCAUGAGGAGAUAUGCUUUAGUUUU